GGCGAGGGCGCCCCCCGGCGGCGAGGGCAUGCGCGGCCCGCGGCAUGGCCUCGGCGGUGUUUGAGGGCACGUCGCUGGUGAACAUGUUCGUGCGCGGCUGCUGGGUGAACGGCAUCCGCAGGCUCAUCGUCAGCCGGCGCGGCGACGAGGAGGAGUUCUUCGAGAUCCGCACCGAGUGGUCGGACCGCAGCGUGCUCUACCUGCACCGCAGCCUCGCCGACCUGGGCCGCCUGUGGCAGCGGCUGCGCGACGCCUUCCCCGAGGACCGGCCGGAGCUGGCGCGCGGGCCCCUGCGGCAAGGAUUGGUUGCCAUAAAGAAUGCACACGACAUAGAGACCAGGCUCAACGAAGUGGAGAAGUUGCUCAAGAUGAUCAUCAGCAUGCCCUGUAAAUAUUCUAGGUCGGAAGUGGUGCUCACUUUCUUUGAAAGAUCUCCCCUGGACCAGGUGUUAAAAAACGAUAAUGUACAUAAAAUUCAACCCAGCUUUCAAAGUCCAAUCAAAAUAUCAGAAAUCAUGAGAUCCAACGGAUUUUGCUUGGCAAACACGGAAACGAUAGUCAUUGACCACAGUAUAUCAAAUGGAAAAGACCAGCACCAGGCCGUGGAUCCCGCAGAGCACUUGUUUGAGAAUGGUGGCGAGUUCACUCUGGAGCUGGAGGAUGGUGAUGACCCAGCAGCUUAUGUCACCAACCUGUCCUAUUACCACCUGGUGCCCUUCGAGACGGACAUUUUGGACUGAGCCUCUCCAUCAGGCCUCCCCGCCUCUGCCCUUGACUGCACAUGGUGGUGCUGUCCACCGCGUGGCUCUGGCGAUCACAGCUGCUGCUCAGCCCUUGACCUCCUGGGGUCCCAGGCCCAUUGCUGUGAAGCCUGGGUGUCCUGCCAGCGGAGCCACAGGGCUCCCACUGGCUACAGGCUGGGCACAGGGAUCAGCAACCCUGGCCCCUCCAUCCACCUGGGGUCCUGACUCAGUAGGCCACUCCGCCUGCUCUUCUGAGGGGUCUUCUCUGUCCUCUCGAUGCCACAGCCUGCCUCUCCGCUCCUGGGACUCGCUCACUGCCCACGCUUGGAGCCUGCAGGGCAUGGGCUCUGCUGGGCCCCCUCCCACUGGCACUGCAUCUUUGAAGGAGUGCCCCGCUCGGGCAAGUGUCCGGGCCACCCAGUCCCUCUGAUCCCCACCACUCCCUCACACAGCAGAGGCACAUGUUGCCAAGUUCUAGACAACGUAGGGGAUGUCUGGGAGCUCAGGAUCUCCCCGGGAGCCAACAUGCAUGGCUUUGUUUUGGGUUCACAUGGUCUCUUCGGAAUCUAGGUUUGGGUCUCCCCAGAGGAGCGUUUCCGGGGGUCACAGGCACGUGGGGAGGACUGGACCGAAAGGAGAACUCACCGAAGACCAGGUGUGCCUGUGCCCUCGGCCUGAGGGUAAGAAUCCCUUCUUGGCCGUGAGCUUCUCGGCCCUGCAGUGCAGGGCACAAUGCUGUGACCAGGGCGUCCGGAGCUGCCCUCUCGUGUGCCCAGUGACGUCCUGGCCAUGGCAAUCUGAGGGGCUGGGAUGGGGAGGAAGCUCAAGGCUGGGCGGCCACAGCAAAUGUAGGCUCUCGGCCCCCACACAGUGUCUACUAACGACCAGCAUUUGGUAAUGUAAAUAACAGUAAAUUAUUGAGAAUUCUAAUUCUUUUACACAGCCUGUUUUUAAUCUAUUUUAAUUAAAUAAAAUCUGCUACUCUCAUCUAUUUAA